UAACCUGAUCCUUAUUAAAGAUCUAGCCUUGGUUAGGUGAAUCUCUCUGGAUAUGCAUGUUGUUCUAUUAAUAGCAUCAUCCAUCGACUGGCUAAUUAUAAUCUACCAUUUUAGGUUCUUUUUUAAUUCAUCAUGAGGGUUUGAUUCUGAUACCUACUUCUUUUGCUUUUUCUUACAAUCUUUGUAAACAACGUCAAUUAGAAGGCUAGCCUCAACAAUCGCUUCUCUUCAUCACUCUUCUAGGGCAGAAGAAGAAGAAGAAGAAGAAGAAGAAGAAGAAGAAGAAGAAGAAGAAGAAGAAGAAGAAGAAGAAGAAGAAGAAGAAGAAGAAAUGGGGAAGCAGGUUGUUUUGGCGAAGCCUUUCUCGUUGGAAGAUGAGAAAGAAGACUCUGAAAACACACCUCCCAAUCUCAUCCAGCGGAUCCUAAGCCUCUUCAAAAACGUACGGCCAGGAUCUGAUCUCUCUAAUUUUCAGCUUCCACCUCAAAUGAACCUACCGAGAUCGCAGCUGCAAUGCUAUGGCGAGAUAGUGUACAGUUUCGAUGGUCACGAUCUACUCGGCGAAUGUAGUCGUCGUGAUCAACCAAUCGAACGGCUCAAAUCAGUCGUGACGUGGUACAUCGCAACUCUCCGGCCAUUGGUAUUUGGCAUGGCUCCCUAUAACCCUGUCAUCGGCGAAACUCACCACGUGUCCAAUGCUCAUAUCAACGUUCUCGUCGAGCAGAUAUCGCAUCAUCCACCAGUGUCAGCUCUUCAUGCAACUCACGAGAAAGAAAACAUAGACGUAAUGUUAUGUCAAUACUUCACACCUAAAUUUCGUGGUACGUACGUAGAGGUUGAGUUGAAGGGUAAAAGAGUUAUGAAAGUUGUAAAUCACAAAGAGACUUACGUAAUGAACCAACCAAAACUACUGAUGACGUUUUUACCGGCGAUGGGGGCUCAAUGGGCCGGAAAAGUGGUAAUAAAGUGCCCGGAGACGAGACUCGAAGCCGAGUUGCAGUUACUCUCCGACUCCUUUGUCAGUAGAUUCACAGGAAACAACAAAAGAGCCAUUAAAGGAAAGAUAUUUGAAUCUUCCUCUAGGAAACAACUCUAUGAAAUCUUUGGACACUGGGACAGAACUGUUACCGCGAAAAAUACCAAGACAGGAGAGCUUGAGGUUAUAUACAAAGCGAAUGAAAACAUUGCAAAACUCAAAACUCCCAUUGUCAAGAACCUGCAGGAGGUGAGUGAGAGCGAGUCGGGGAUGGUGUGGAGUGAGGUGAGUGAAGGGAUCAUGAGGAAAGAUUGGGAGAAAGCAAGAGAAGCGAAGAGAGAUGUGGAGGAGAGGCAGAGGGAGUCUUUGAGGAAAAGAGAGGCUAUUGGAGAAUCAUGGAUUCCAAAACAUUUCUCAGUUGCUCGAGCUGGUAAGGACUGGGACUGUGUUCCUCUACAGCCUAGAGUUCCUCGAGCUCCUAUCAUUGUUCCUCUCUGAUUCAUUCUCUCUAUAGAGGUUCGUACAAGAUGUAAGAGGAUUUAAGUAGUAAC